AUGCAGUCAUCUCUUGACAACAGUACACUCUGUAGGUAUUUCUCCAGUCUCUCCCUCUCUCCGACAUCAACCACGGCCACGCUGAGACCUGUUCCACCACGAAAGACUGGCUGUUUAGCUGUGCCCCACGUGCCCGUCAGAACUGUGGUGAAGCACAGCAAACUCGGCAAGAUGAAGACAGUGAAAGCAGUUGCAAAGAGGUUUCGAAGGACUGGUUCGGGGAAACUCAAAUUCUGGCCUCCGGGAAACGUCCACAACCUCCUUUCAAAGUCACACAACCGUAAAUGCCGGAUCAGAAGACCACGCUAUGCCAGCAAAUCGCAGGCUAAAACUCUCAACAAGAUGUUGAUUGGCCGCUACUCGUAA